GCAACACUUUUACAUACUCCUUGGUUUUUUUUCUUCAACCUAUAAGAAAAUCUUUGAAAAUGACGAAUUUUAAAUGAAAACAGCGACCAAAAAGAACGCAGUGUGAUGCCGGAGUCUAAAUAAACCACUCCGAAGUAAAGUGCAAUUAAAUAACAUAGUUUUAUACAACGGAAACUGGCUGGCAAGCCGGAAGAAAAUUCGCCUUCACGAGCUUUGUUCUAAAUGCCGAAGAAGUUUAUUACUCAUUAAGCGAAACGCAUUUGUGUGCCUAGUUAGUUAAUUAAUUGAAGCCGGAAGAUGAACUUCACGUACGUGUUCGUUUUAAUUUGGCUGGCAUUCCUUAUCUGCAGCGGAGUGCUGCUAUUCUCGCGGGGAUUCCUCCUGGCCCGUGUCUCCAAAACCGAAACAAGCACCUGCAGGAGGUUGUCCACGAAUCCCAGCGCUGAAUAUGUUCUCACUGACGAGGUUGUGAACGAGAUAUUUAAGGAUGUGAACGCCUCCUCCAAUCUGUGUCUUCCGCAAAAGUCAAAAGUCAUCAUUCUGGUUGUGGAUGCCCUAAAAUAUGAAUUUGGGUUGUAUAAGGAGAACACGAGUGAACCUCUGCCCUAUGAAAACAAAUUGGGGGUGCUGCAGGAGCUUCUGCAGCAGAGUCCCGACCAUGCCCGCCUUAUGAGAUUUCGAGCGGAUCCGCCCACAACCACGUUGCAGCGUUUGAAAGGUCUGACCACAGGCAGCUUGCCCACUUUUAUAGAUAUCGGCUCAAACUUUGCGUCGCCGGAGAUCAACGAGGACAAUGUCAUCGACCAAAUAGUCAAGAGCGAUCUGCCGCUAGUCUUUCUGGGUGACAGCACCUGGACGGAUUUGUACCCACGGCGAUUUAAGCGAUCCUAUUCCUAUCCCAGCUUUGAUAUAUUCGAUCUGGACAGCGUGGAUAAUCAGAUAUUGAAGCACUUGCCCAAGGAGUUGGCCAGUGAUGACUGGCAGGUUCUGGUCGCUCAUUUUCUGGGCGUGGAUCAUUGUGGACACAAGCACGGUCCCUUGCACGAGGAAAUGGCGCGAAAGCUUAGCGAGAUGAACGAGGUGAUAAGAGAUGUAGUGGCUGCGAUGGACAACGACACCACACUGCUGGUUAUGGGAGACCAUGGCAUGACUGCUUCCGGCGAUCAUGGCGGCGACACCGAUGACGAAAUCAAUGCUCUGCUAUUUGCCUACUCCAAACAGCACAGAUUCUAUGGCAAUGAUUCGGGCUCAGAUAGCGAAAUGCUGCAGCAGAUUGAUCUGGUGCCCACCUUGGCGACCAUACUUGGCGUCCCAAUACCCUACUCCAACCUGGGUCUCGUCAACUUCAACAUUGUGCCCGAUCUGCAAGUGCCGCACUUGAACAAGUUCCAGACCCUGCUUCUCCAUUCCUGGCAGAAUGCCCAGCAGGUCUAUCGGUACUUCUUCCAGUACGCUUUGGAGAACAAGCGCACGUUCAACGUGGACCAAAUGGAUCGACUGGAAACGGAGUUCAUACUGCUUUCCCACCGAGUGCAAACCGUAUACAAUGAGGUUGCUUACAAGUCCUUUGUGAGGGAUUUGAAUACGAAUCUGCGAGAUAUCCUGGGAACUUGUCGGGAGAUCUGGGUGAGAUUCGAUCCCACGCAGAUGUCGCAGGGCUUGCUCUUCAGCUUCCUGCCAUUGUUCUUUAUCUUCCUGCUCAUAAACAACUCUCGCCCGGCUGAAUACCCCAACAUUUUCAAACCCAAGGAGGUUUUCUACACAUACCUCAUGAACUUGGCCGCUGGAGUUUUUGGAUAUCGGUACUACAAAACCUUCUCGCUUAAGACGGAGGAGCAUGGAGUGAUCUUGUUUACGGCUUUGUGCAGUGCUGUUAUUUUGGCUUUCCAUACCCUGCGCCACUGGACCAACAUCGCUACCAACUGGUCAGCUGUCAAGCGAUUCGGAGACAUGCCCACGCGCCUGCUGCUCUUCGCUUCCAUGGGUGUGUUCUUCUCGAACAGCUUCGUCAUCCAGGAGGCCAAGAUCUUGUCCUAUCUCUUGGCAGCAUCUAUUCUCCUACUGUCCCACGAACUACUGCGACUGAGUGCCCGCUUGGACUUCAGGUCAAAGUUUAAGGCCACCCAGUUCCUGCGAUCCACAGCUUUAAGACUGAUCUUGGCCAGCAUUUUGGCGAUUUGCUUGAUACGCUUUGCCUACACACUGUUUCGUUGCCGCGAAGAGCAGGGAAAUUGCUCGGACUUUGCCAACAGUGGUGGAGCAGGUUUCUCGAUCAAAAAACCGGGUACGGGAAAAACCUACAUUCUGGCCGUUGUUGUACUCGUGGUGUACACCACCCUGACUCGUUUGUACCUGCGAUCCUGCGGUAAUUUGACUGGCAACUCACCAAACGUGCUAUUGGCUCGAUAUGGACCUACGGUUGCCUCUAUUUGCGCCGGUGGACAUGUGCUGCUCGCUAACAGUUCCAUUAAGAACAUCCAGCGCACUCACAUUGAUGCAAUGGCUCUGGUUAUCUACGCUUUGCUAUUACUGCAAAUCAUCGUGGUUUCCUUUGCACCACUGAUGACAUUUGUGCUGCCUCCUAGGAGUUCCCGAACUGUUACCAUUAACGGAAGCGAAAGCAUUGUGCCGGAAAUCUUCAGGAAAAUGAAGCGCAUGUACGAAGGCGAUGAUGACGAAAGGCGUAAUCAGAUUCCUGUUGUUUAUGGAUUGGCUACGGUUUACUCUUCCAUCGUCAUUGCCUUUGGCGUCUUUCUGGCUUUGGUCAUGAUAGUUCUCCUGGAACCGCGCGCUUCCAUUGGUUUGAUUGUCUGUGUGGCUGUAGGAGCUAUUUUGCUCAGUGUUCAUGGUAUUUUGCGCUAUCGCACUGCCACUAGCUUUGAGAGCUGUGUGCAGCCCACAUUCACCGCCCUGGUUGGCUGGUUCCUGCUGGCUCAUUUCUGCUUUUUCGCCACCUCACAUCAGACCACCUUGUCACAGAUUGAGUGGCGUGCUGCCUUCGUCGGUCGCACCACUGGCAUUGGACAGUCGAAUGUUAUCUCGGGCACCCUGGUCAUCCUGAACACCUUUUGCGGACCCAUUUUCUUCUUCUGCAUGUACUCCCUCCUGAGUACAGAGACAUUUUCGCUGUUCGCACUGUUUCCCAACCUCAUCCGGAGUUGCAGGAAUGGUGGAAAGGCGGAUGCGACUACCUCCAUGUCCGAUUUGGCUAACGAGGCUGUUGGUUUUGAUAUGACAAGGGGCGAGUUGACACUGUACGAGUAUGAAGAUGUUUUCCUGGGAACGGGUUUCAAGCUGGCCACUCAGUUCUUUAUGUUGCAGGGUCUUAAGAUAUUCUGUGCCAUGAUGGCCUGCACUAUUCACUGCCGCCACCUGAUGGUAUGGAAGAUCUUUGCUCCGCGUUUUAUUUACGAAUCCCUCGCCACAUUCGUCAGCCUGCCCGCCCUGAUUGUGGGCUAUCUUCUGGUGCUCCGCAUCCACCGUGCUGUGGACACCCUCAUCAAGCGCAUCAACAAGGAAAAGGUCCACUAGUCUCAGCCCAAACACAACUAUUUAUUUAGGCCUUAAUAAACUCACGUAAUAAGAAAGUUCAA